AUGCAUUACUUGAAAACUCAGCUUAAAGGUGAGGCUGCUUCGUUACUCACUAACUUACAGAUUACAGGUGACGCGUUCCAGUCCGCUUGGGCAUUGCUGAAUACUCGCUACACAAACCCACGUCGAUUGCUCGAUAUGCUUAUCGAUGAUUUGUCGGACCGUCAACCGCUUACUACGCACUCUGCUGCUGAUCUGAACGCGCUGUUACUCGCUAAUAAAAAGUCGCUGGACGCCAUCACGGCUUUGGGAAUACCAAUUGGUGAGUUAGACCCCUUUUUAAUCCGCUUAACAGUUCGUUGCUUGCCAUCAGAUUUGAGAGUAGAAUGGAUGGCUUCGCUUGGGUUGUCCAAUGAAUUUCCCACAUACAAACAACUACACGAUAUGCUUAAAGCAAAGGUUCGUGCGUGGGAAAAUUCUGAGAUUGGAGCCAAAUUGUCCACUUCAGCUCAGUCAAAACAGGUGACUAAAGGACCGCCAUUACCUAAGGCAUACUCUCGAUCAGCCGCUACUAACAAGACAGGAAGUGCUGCCAGUAAAUCCGCUACCCCUGCCAAAGCAUCGACUUCGAGUGGGGGCGCUAGUUAUGCCGCUUUCACUCCGAAAGAAAAGACGAGUGAGCCGGGCUUGUGCCCAAUCUGCAAACAGGAGCAUUUUGUUCUGUUUUUCCCAAGCUAUCAACAGGCGUCGCCACAGAACCGGAAAAUGAUUGUACAGCACUACCGGCUCUGCUACAACUGCUUGGGACGCCACCGCUUCGCUGACUGCAAAAAUGAGCAGAGAUGUCAACGUUGUGACAAGCCACACCAUACAUCCACUCACACCGAUGAUGGUGCUGCCGCUAAAUCGGUACAGGAACCUGCUGUACCGGCUCAAGGUAAAAAAUAG